AUGAGUUCAGAAGUCCGUUUCCAGACCCGGAUCCACAAAUUCUCGAGCAGACCGCCUGGUUACGACGCUGCCCGACAACGCGAAAACCAGCGGCGCCAUAGGGCAAGAGUCAAAGGCCGCAUCGCUGAGCUCGAAGCCGCGCUAUCCAGCACACAAAGCAGACUCAUCGAUGCACUAAGUCGCAUCGAUACUCUAACAGCCGAGGUUCGGCGACUGCAGUGUGCCCUCGAAUCCAGCCCUCGGCCACCCUCUGAGCCUAUUGCUUUUCUGCCGAAUCCGCCGCUUGCUGCCGCAUCGCCCUUCUCUCCUCAACCCGCCAGCACCGCCGCCUCACCUUCAGCUGGAAAUGCUCAGCCAGCACAGCAAACCGUUGCUCAAAGCAAGCUCAACGAACUCCCCUCCCAGCAAGCCACCAGGCUCCACUGUGAACCCGGCACUUGCUCUUCAUGCACGGGAACGGCAGAUCAAGAAUCUGCUGCCACUGCCACUGCCACUGCCACUACCCGCUGCACUUCCAGGCAGCUGGAUGUUCGCAAUCCCAGGCCCAAGCCAGUUCUCACCUCCCCAGAUAGCCCACCCAAAUCUAGCUUUGACGAUCCAGCCGAUGACUGUCCCCUGCUGCCCCCGGCGGAGGCGGGUGAAUCGACAAUUCCCUGCCGCGAAGCCUACUCAAUAAUCCAGGACCGAAGUACGCCAGAGUUCGACCUUUCCGUGGCUACUGAGUGGUUGAAGCCGGGUUUCCGGCGAGCCCCAGUUCCUGGCGCAGGAUGUCGAGUCCAGACACACGUCCUCUUUGCUUUUGUCGAUCAUAUCACCUCGAUUUGA